AAUAUCCAAGCCCAAAAAAAAAAAAAAAAAAAAAAAAAAAAAAAAAAAUCACAAAUAAAAAAACCAGAAAAUUGCAAUCAAAAAAAUCAAAAUCAAAACCCAUUUGCCUCCUGACUUCUGACCCCGCGAGUCAUUGCCAGUAGUUUUUCAAAGUUUCUGUUUUUCUUCCCCCAAUUUCUAUUGCUAAUAGUUUGUCAAAAAAUUUUUUUUUUUUCUGAAUUUCCAUUUAUUUCUUUUUUUUUGACUCCUCUGGCUUUUUUUGGAGGGAGAUAUUAAUGGAAAGCAUAGCAUUGUGGCAAGGGGUGACUCUUUGUGCGAUUGCAUCAUGGAUUGUCAUAUCGUCAUGUCUUAAUGUGACCUUAAAGAUUAGAUCUUUCCUGCAACCUUGGGUCACCCAUCAUGUCAUUUGCGGCACUCCUUUCAUCCUCCGGAUCCAGAAGCACCAGCAUGGAUUCUUGGAUGCUUUAUUUUCUGGGUUGUCCUGUGUUGUUUCUGUUCCCUUUUAUACUGCUUUUCUUCCUUUCCUCUUCUGGAGUGGGCAUGGAAAAUUGGCUAGGCAAAUGACCCUUCUAAUUGCAUUCUGUGAUUAUGCAGGGAACUGCAUAAAGGAUGUGGUAUCAGCUCCUAGACCCAAUUGUCCUCCUGUCAGGAGAAUAACUGCCACAAAAGAUGAGGAAGACAAUGCUUUGGAAUAUGGAUUACCUUCUUCCCACACACUUAACACAGUUUGUUUAUCUGGGUACCUCUUGCACUACUUCCUAUCACAUACCCGAAAUCAAGAUUUCUCUGUUGAGCUUGCUGGAUUUGCUAUUGCUUGUUUGCUUGUGGGCCUCAUUGGUUUGGGAAGAGUGUACCUUGGGAUGCACAGUUUGGUUGAUAUUAUAGGUGGUUUUUUCACUGGGUUGGCAAUCCUCGCCUUUUGGCUUACUGUCCAUGAUUAUGUUGACGAAUUUAUUGUCUCGGGACAAAAUGUUACGACCUUCUGGGCUGCCCUAAGCUUCUUGUUGCUUUUUGCUUAUCCAACUCCUGAGCUCCCUACUCCAAGCUUUGAGUACCAUACGGCUUUCAAUGGUGUUGCAUUUGGAAUAGUGGCUGGGAUUCAGCAAACAUUCCACCAGUUCCACCAUGAAUCUGUGCCACGCUUGUUUACACAACUCACUGUCCCUGCCUUUUUUGGAAGAAUGCUCGUGGGAAUACCGACAAUACUCAUCGUGAAGUUCUGCAGCAAGGCCCUAGCUAAAUGGGUACUUCCUGUGAUAUCAAACACCUUGGGCAUUCCCAUAAAAUCAACUAGCUAUAUUCCCAUGUUGAAUGGAUCAAUUAGUGUCAAAAAAUCGGACGAGAUUAAGCAAUCGGGAUAUAUCAGAAAGUUAUUCUUCUUCUCCCAUCAGGACUCAUUUGAUGUUGAUACAGGUAUUAGAUUCCUCCAAUAUGCUGGCCUUGCUUGGUCUGUGGUAGAUCUUGUUCCUUCUCUAUUCUCUCAUUUGAGGUUGUAGUGAUCCUGUUUUGUAUAUAUAUUGAUAUCUAGGGUGUUUUUCGUUUCUUUUC